AUGAAUACACUUGAUGAUUAUAAGCUUUGGGAAUCAAAUUUAUUGGUAAAUCUUAAACUUUUUAACAAGGAAUCAAAAGAAAUUCAGCUUUUUCUUAAUUUUUUAACGCAAUAUUCCGAAAAUGGAAUUAUUUCAAACUUUAAUUCUCAAUUUAUUCCAGCAACAGUUCAUAACUUUUUAUCUACUAUUCUUUCACUUCAACCUACAGACUUUGCAUCCAAGAGUGUCGUUCAAAAACUAUUAAAUGAAAUCAUAUCUUUACUUACAAUUGCAAUUACCAACAAUCAUUUUGAAUUCGCAACAACAUUGCAUCGAUUGUUUGAUUCAAAGGCUGUUUUAUAUCGUAAUUCCAAUACAAAUUCUACCACUUCACAAUUUCUUCAAGCGAUUACGAAUAAUUACUUAAAAUCUAACUCGUUUACUACUCUUUUAGCCAAGAUAAAUGAUGAAACUCAAGUUCCAAACAUUAAUCAAUUAUACGCUUUUCUCUCCGUUUUAUUUGAAAUUCAUAAAUGGUUUGAUAUGGUUUACCUUUCUAAAUUUAUAUCAAAGAUUUCGAAUUCUCUCGGAAAAUUCUAUAAAUCGUUUGAUUCAAACUCAAUUCGUUCAUUAGAUAAUGAUUUAUUACAAAAUGUAAUGCAUCUAUCAAUCUAUUUAUCUUCUUUGGAUGAGUGCUUUAAAGAAGUUUGCGUUAAUACUCUUGAUUUCGCAAUAAUUUUACUUCAAGUCGAUAUUUUGGAUAAACAGUUGAUUGGUGCCAAAAUAAUUUCCUUCGGAAUUAACGAUUUAGCGGAAACAGAAGAAGAAACUCUCAACGAAUGGUUUGAUAAAUCAAAUAUUUUUAAUAUAUUCUUAAAAAGGAGCUACCAUGAAUCAGUAAUAAAUAAAUUCUUCAAGAUCUAUAACAUUGCAGCUCUCAACGGAAAGAUAAACCAAGAUAUUUUAUAUAAAACUCUAAUUAAAUCUGCAAAUUCCUCACAAACGCAAAGAAAAGAGUAUUUUAGUUGUAUACUUCAAUGUUUUGCUUCUAAAACUGAUGAAAUUCAGAAUUUUGUUGCAUAUUCUUCCACAACAGAUAAAUCAGAAUUUCUUUUUGACUUCAUGGGUUUCGUCUCCAUUUUCUGUUCAAUGCAGUACCAAAUGCAGUCCAAGCAAGCAAUUGAUUUCCUUGUCAACGGUUUGACAGAUGAAAAAUUCAUAAAACUCUCAAUUCAAAAAAUCCUGGAAUUUCUGAAGUACAAAAUUUCAAUGUCUCUGAUUCAGGCACUUUUUGAUGGUUUGUCAAAUCUUCUGAAACCAAAAGUUGACAACAGAAUCAUUGAGUUAUUGGAAAACGUAUUGAAAUCAAUCGACAUGGAAGAAGAAAACGAAAUUUUGAGGAUUGAUGUUUCAUUUGCCGACAAAAUCACCCAAGUCAUUGAUUCAGGCGAAAACAAUCGUCAAAUUCUUUUCAACAUUUUAUUUUUGUUAGUUACUAAAUUCAAGAAGAAAAUGACAAGGAGUCAAAUCGAAAUUUUGUUUAAGAAAGAAGACAAUUACUUAUUAGAUUUCCUCAGUUCUUCCUUGAAAUUGCAGCAAUUUGACUUCUUGUUCCCUUCAGCCAUCGAAUUAUUAUACAACAAAAUAGAUGAAUACGAUUUCGUCAACGCCAAUCAAUCGUUUUCCAGAUUGAUCUGUUCAUUUGAGUUAUCAAACGAAUGGCAAAACAACAGAGUUGUUGAAGCAAACUCAAAAUCAUCUCCUACAAAGAAAAUUCCGAGAUACGCUCCAAUCUCUCUGAAAUCAGAGUUCCCAAUGACAUUGAGAUUGUUACAAGUCUGUAAAAACGAGGAAUCAACAAAAAUUGCGUCUACAUUUUUGAUCGAAUUCGCAGAACAGAGUAAAUCGAAUUUCGGAAUUGACGGAUUUAUUUUCAUUUUGAAGCUUUUGAAGAAUAUUUUGACUUUCGGAACAGACGAAGCCAAAAUCAGAGCCAUCAAAAUAAUCCUUGAAUUACUUCCGAAAUUCGAAAUCGAUGUAACCUUGGAAGAUGUUGGAAUCAAAAGGCAUCAUCCGAGAUUCGAAACAGAUUUGAUUACUGCGAAGAUUUAUGCCAGAGAAAACUAUUUCGAUAUGAAAGUUAAUCCGAAUAUAACUGUUCAAUCUCUUCUGGCAAAAAUUGCAGCAAAAAUCGGUUGCAACAAAGAUGACAUUUCAUUAUUCUAUGAAGGAAAGAACCUUGGAAGGCCAUAUACUUUAUCUCAGUAUGGAAUUCUUUCGAAUACGAAAUUCAACAUCAUAGAAAACAAAAGGAAAAUAAGAAUGCAGAAAUUCCCUAAAAAUAGUUUACCUUCUGUUGCAAUAUGUGAUUCAGGAAUUUGUGAUUUGUUAUUUGGAUAUCUUGAAAAAGACAAUGAAAAACUAAUUGACACUGCUUUAGUUCUUCUUAACCAAAUUCCCACUGCUCAAAAAGCUUUGGAUCUUUGCUAUGAACCAAAUAUUUUGGAAAUAAUUGUGAAAUCAAAAACAUGGCAAAACCAGAAAUAUUUAUUAGAGAGUUUGGACGAAUCUCUUGAUUAUGGGGAUGAUUACGAAGAAGAAGAUACAACAUUCAGCAAUGAUUAUGAUCUAAUUAUUUCUUUAAUUAAUAAGAAAAUCGAUAUCAGAGCAGCUCCUCCUGCUUUAAUGAUUUUAUCAGAUUUGGAUUCACCUCAUAUUAUUAAGUUCUUUGCUGAUUAUUUCAAUAUUGCUUUGCAAGUUUUCUUGAAUGCAAGGACUGAUACUGAGAUUGAAAGCGCAAUUUGUUCUUUCUCAAGAUUGCAAGAGAUUGACAACGAGAAGUUUGCUGAUUUACUAUUCACAUCUGAUCUAAAGGUGUUUGAGUUCACAGAGAUAAUGUUCAAAGUCCUUAUAUCAUUGAUUAACAAAAUGGUUGACAAAACAAAAGCUUUCGAUUAUUUGUCAAAAUUUGUCAAUGAAAUUGAAUUUCAUGAGAAAUUAUCUGACAUAUUCUUCGAAUGCUUAUGUCAUGCACUUUCGGAAGAAUCAGAUGUGCAAAAGCUGAUGCCGAAACUUAAAGAAUUACUUCAUAGAACAACACAAGGAACAUUAUUUGUUGGAAUUGUCACGUUUUUGGCAAAAGUUUCUGAAUUCCAACCAAUGGUCAUUGAUGAAGAGAUAUCGCAGAUCAUAAUACCAAGAAUAAUUAGAGAGCAAAAUGAAACAAUUCAGAAUUAUUUGAUCAAAAUCAUUUCAAUCGCUGUUGUUACAUUUCCAAAUGUCAAACAAAUGGCAUUGAAUGUUUUGGGAGAAUGUUUAAGCAAGCCAAGCACAACAUUCGGAUUCACAUCAAUGGAAUUUGAUUACAAAGACGAAGAUAAGAUGUGCGGACUUAAAAACUUAGGAGCAACAUGUUAUUUGAAUUCCAUUUUGCAAAUUUUGUUUUCGGAUUUCACUUUUAGAUCUGAAUUACUCAAAUUAAAGAAUGUUGACAAACCAUGGAUGAAAGAUUUGCAAGUUUUGUUCAGCAGCAUGCAAUUAUCAAAUAAUCCAAUCCAAUCAACAAGCACCUUCUGUAAAUCCUUCAAAAUCAAUCCAGCAGAGCAACAAGAUGCUGUUGAAUUAUACCAGAACUUACUUGAUAGUUUGCCGAAAAACGUAUGCCAGAAAUUCAUUGGAAAACUCACAAAUACUUUCGAAGGAAUCAAUGAAACAUUUACAGCUGAGAACAAAGAAGAUUUCUUCUCUAUUUGCUUGGAUGUAAAAGGUUUCGAUUGCUUGGAAGACUCCUUUGAAAGUUUCAUUUCUUCACAGUUUUUGACAGGAGAUGAUCAAUAUUAUGCCGAAAGUUUAGGACAUAAAAUUGAUGUUAAAAAGUUUGUUAGGAUAUCAGAACCUCCUGAGCAUUUGUUCAUCCAACUAAAGCGCUUUGAAUACAACUUGGAUACUUAUGAAAGAUACAAAGUCAAUGAUAGAUUCGAAUUUCCACUUGAAAUUGACAUUUCAAGGUUCACGACAUCACCAAAUAUCAGCCAAAACUAUAAACUAACACAUGUUUUAUUACAUGAUGGUGAAUGUGAAUUGGGUCAUUAUUAUUCAUUGAUUUUGAUCGAAGGAAAAUGGAUUUUGUUCAAUGAUAAAACAGUUGGAGAAUUUCCAAAGGAAUGUUUUGAAGCUGAAUGCUUUGGAAGUGAAGAUUCUGCUGAUGCAAAUUACUAUUCUCCUUCUGCUUAUUGCUUGAUCUACACGAAGAAUGAUAUUCCUCAUAAAUACUCAGAAGACAAUUCGGAAAUUUCAGAAUUGAUUGAUCAAGACAUCAAGAAAGAAAUUGAAGAAGAAAAUGACACAUUUUGCAGAUACGAAUCUACAUAUACAAACUCCUUCUUGAAUUUCAUUCUUUGGCUGAACGAAGAGAAGAUUCUUUUGGACUAUUUCUUCAAUGUUUAUGCCCAUUCAAAUCUUGUUGAAAGCAAACGAAAAAUGUAUAAUUCUCUGCUGAAUUAUAAACAACAGAUUAUUUCAAGAUUUGCUCAUGAAAAAGAACAUCUCUUGAAUAUUUUGCUUCAUGCAAAUGACCAAAUCAUCUCUUUGAUUUGCGAAUUAAUCACAAGUAAAGUGCAAAUCGAAAACAAAGAUGAUUUCAUUGUUAUUGCUGAAUCUUUUGCUGCUUCUCUUAAGCAAAACUUCAACAAAAACAAUCAAGUAUUGAGCGUCAAAGCUAAAGCACUUCAUUAUUUGUGCAAAGAUAUUAGUUUAUCAAGGACAUUGAUCGAAAACAUAAUGAACGCAUUAUUUGUUUUAGGAAGAGAUCCACAGAUUGAUCAAAUGGCUUUGUUGAGUAUUUUCAAAGAACACGUUCAUGAAUUAACUGAAAUGGAUUACUCCAAUCUCUUAGCUGCUGCUCCAAAUUUGUUGAUAUCUAUAAAUGGAACUUCAUUAAUGGCUGUUUUCGUUACUGCGGCAAAAGAGAAACUUAUUGACCUAAUAACAGUUCUCAAAACAAUUCUUUCUUCUGCUGAUGAAUCAUAUAGUGUUUUCCUAUUCAAUGCAUCAGUUGGAUUCAUUCCUGUUGCUCUUCUAAUUGAAGUUUUCAAGGAAUGCGGUGUAACUAAUUUAACAAUUGCCAAAACUUUGAAUUUGGCUCUUCUCAGAGGAAACAUUAUGUUACAAGCCAAAGCAAUUUUAUUCGAUUUGUUACUUGAUGAAAACGAAUUAACAAGAAAAUAUGCAGAAAAAUUUGUAAAAGGAUGUUUCCCUGGAGAAAUCAAUGAAAAGACAGCUGAAGAGAUUCUCAAUGGAAUACCUGCAAUCAAGAAUGAUUUCUACGAUGACAUUGACGAUGAUUCUGAUGAUGACUUGGAAAUGAUUAAUUAUGAUGACAUCGACAUCAACAACUUCAUUGAACAAAUAACAGAAUUUUUGAAUACUGUAGAUAUUAUUAAAUAUGACACUGGAUUUAGAUUGACAAGUCUUGGAAGAACACUUCAGAGAGUUAUUGUGAGACAAAAUACAAAGGAAUUGGCAUCCGCUUUACUUAAAUUAGUUGAAAAAUUAGGUAAAAGUGAUGCAAACAAAUUAGAAUUCUUGAGGGCAUUAGAACUCUGCGAUGAGAUGAAUCUCAAAGCUGUUGUCGAUGAAGAUUUCAUUGAGAACUUUGUCAACACAAUCUUCCCAAUUAACUUCGAUAAUGUUGAAAGCGGAUGCACUCUUUUCAACAGCUCUUUCGUUAUUUUGAAGAAGAUUAGUCAAAGUAUUGACAGUUUCAUGAUUCUUAUUAUGCUUCCUGAUUUCUUCGAAUCAAUGGUUUCUUUCAUCGAAUUCUGCGAAUACAAUAUGAGUCUAGAUUUUGUUGCAUUCGUGAUUUCUCAUGAAGAACUCUGCCAAAGUAUUGUUUCUGUCAUCAAUGACAACGAUCGAGUUGUUUCUACAUCCAAAUCGAAUCUCCUUGCAAUUUUGUUCAAUUUGAAGACCGAUGAAGAGACAGAAAUAAAGGAAUACUUAGUUGCAGUUGCCAUAGAAGGAGGCUUGAUAGCAUUAUCGGAUAGUUUCAUGUCGGAUGACAGUGAUUUGCAAAGCACUUUCCAGAUUCAUAUUUGCGAAAUGAUACAAGACGUUUCUUUUAAAUUCAAGCACAGCGACAUACAUUCACAGUUUAUAAGCGAUGUUGUCACUAAAACAAUUAGUGCUGAUGCUUCCUUUGUUAGUCCAAAUAUUUCAAAGAUGAUUAAUUCGAUUUUGUCAGAGAAAUCUGCACAACACUUAAUUAGAAUGUUCGAAAUGAUUAAAACAGGAAAUGUUCCAAUUGCUACUCUCUGCAUGAUACUUCCGGCCAUGGCUUAUGCGAACAGUUUCAAGGACAACAAGCAAAAAGUCUUGGAACUUAUUGAGGUUGCGAAGAAGGCAGUAGUCGAACAAGAUGAAAGCCCAUCUUCUCUUGUUUCAUUGUUCUUAGAAUUGAACCUGAAAGAUGAAGAUGUUUUGCACAGUCUCAAAGAAUUAAUGCAAUUGGUCACUGAUUGCUAA